AUGGCAACCCACAGACACAAAACUCGCUUCCAGAGCCAGGGAAACGUGGGUACCCCACCCCCUCCUAUACAUUCCCCCCGACCACAUUUGCCCAACCAGCACAACACAACCACAUCCACUGGGCCGCAACCCCCAGUGGUCCCUCAUCGCCUGCUGCGUCAGCGCCAGCAACUAGCAGAGGCUGGACUAAGCAGUGAUGCUAUCUCAAUUGCACUCCACCCAGCAGCACAAACGGCCCGAACCCGAGCCUAUUCUUCUAUCCAGGACCGGUUCAGUACCUGGUGUGAGGAACGAUCCAUUCAGGCUACGAAGGCAGCAGCAGCUGACAUCGUCAAUUUCCUUGCAGAAGGACGGGUCCACCUACACUGGGAGCCGAGCACUAUCCUCAACUACAGAUCUGCACUUCUUGAUAUGCAAGAUGACCCCUCACGACUCACCCACUCUGGGGCAUUCUCAGCAUUCUUCACUGCUAUCGAUCGCUCUGCACUACUCUCAUUCGACAAAUCUGCACCAGAUAUCUCCCCUAUCCUUACUAGUUUCCGCUCACUUGGCCCUUCUGCAACUCUCUCUAUACCAGACCUUACACGCAAAUUGUGCUGGCUCCUCGCUGUCACUGGCUUUAUGCGCCCAUCAGACAUUGCCAGAGUUGAUGCUUCCCGAUUAGCCAUACACACAGAUCACGCUUACCUAAUAAUUGUUGCUCCUAAGGAACUACGCAAAAGGCAUCCAGACCCCCUCAUUUGCCCUGUGGACUGCUUAACGGCUUACAAAGCCAAUAUACUCGACAUAUAUCCAGCAGCCCCAGCAACUCACCCGACGGCCCCUCAUCUCACAUUCACACCACUUAUCCGUGAUCAACGACGCCCCUUCCAUGGUAUUGGCACUCAACGCAUCUCCAAACAUAUACAGGCCAUUAUGUCCCUUAUCACCUCCUCUCGCCGAAUCUCAGGGAGGUCCCUUGGCUCAGACGCUGCCUCUAAACAUGGAGCCUCUCUUGACGAAGUACUGACACAAGGUUUUUGGUCUGCGGCAGGGGUCUUUGAUACCCACUACCGCAUUAACCGCCGCUCACAGACCAACCUGACGACACUUGCUCUGCAAGCACCUUCUCCACAUACCAGCAGUCACUGCUGUGAUGACUAA